AGGAGAUCCUUGUGUGCUCUUUUUAUGGAUUGCUGGGGAUGUCGGUGAGGAUGAAGGGAGCAGCAACAGGGCUUUGGGGAAAACAACACAUUCAGCUGGUUUAAGCUACAGAAGCUUUGCUUUCCUUCCCCUGAGAACAUUUGAUUCUCUUUCUGUGUGAGAUCAUUGGAGGAGGUGAAGGGAACCAUGCAGUUGAUUUGGGGAAGGACUUAACACUCUGUGCUGUUAAUGUCUGCAAUCAAGAGGGGACUGCGGGAGUCAGGGUUGCUGCUCAGGAUUUGGUGCAGGGAAUAAUCUCAAAUCUGCAAUCACUAUCCCUUGGUCUGGGGAGAUCUGUAUGUCGCCUUGAAGAUCUGCACCACCUCUUACCGUCUUCUGAUCUCCGCUUCUCCAUGGACUGACAGACGGAAUAAUCACUGACUAAAGCACAUUCAUUAGCAUCCGCAAAAUCUGAUUGUCAAACCCAGGAUUGUAGCAGCCAAGCUAGGAAAAUGACAUCGCCGGCGAAAUUUAAAAAGGAUAAAGAGAUCAUCGCUGAGUAUGAUACCCAAGUCAAAGAGAUCAGAGCUCAGCUCAUAGAACAAUUAAAAUGCCUUGACCAGCAAUGUGAUCUACGCACUCAGCUUCUGCAAGACCUACAGGAUUUCUUCCGCAAGAAGGCAGAGAUAGAAAUGGAUUAUUCCCGAAACCUGGAGAAGCUUACCGAAAGGUUCCUUUCAAAGACGCGUGGGGCCAAAGAUCAGCAGUUUAAGAAAGAUCAGAAUGUAUUAUCUCCGGUGAACUGCUGGAACCUGCUUCUUACUCAGGUGAAGAGGGAGAGUAGAGAUCAUGCAACACUUAGUGAUAUCUACCUGAAUAAUAUUAUUCCACGGUUUGGUCAGAUCAGUGAAGACUCUGGGCGAUUGUUCAAAAAGAGUAAAGAGAUUGGUUUGCAGCUUCAGGAGGAUCUGAUGAAAGUGUUAAAUGAGCUUUACACGGUGAUGAAGACUUAUCACAUGUACAAUGCGGACAGCAUCAGUGCACAGAGCAAAUUGAAGGAGGCAGAGAAGCAAGAGGAAAAGCAAAUGAGCCGAUCAGUAAGACAAGAAGACCGCCAGACUCCCCGUUCUCCUGACACCGCAACCAGUGUCCGACUGGAGGAAAAGCACAUUCGGCGCAGCUCAGUAAGGAAAAUUGAGAAGAUGAAAGAGAAGCGUCAGGCCAAAUACACCGAAAACAAAGUAAAGGCAAUAAAGGCUCGGAAUGAGUAUGUCUUGGCUCUGGAAGCGACUAAUGCAUCUGUAUUCAAAUACUACAUUCAUGACUUGUCUGACCUCAUUGAUUGCUGUGACUUGGGGUAUCAUUCCAGCCUGCACCGUGCUCUUCGUACCUUCCUUUCUACUGAAUUCAACUUGCAGCACUCAAAGCAGGAAGGCCUGGAAGCUUUAGAGAAUGCAACAGAAAACCUAGAUGCAUCCACAGACAAGCACCGACUGAUGGAGUCAUCCAACAGUGUCUUUUGCCCACCAGUAAGGUUUGAGUUUCAGCCACACAUGGGAGACACAGUCGCCCAGCUCUGUGCACAGCAGCCUUUGCAAGGGGAACUAGCACAAAGGUGUCAGCAGCUACAGUGUCGUUUGUCUACCCUUCAGAUUGAAAAUGAGGAGGUGAAAAAAACAAUGGAGGCCACAUUGCAGACCAUCCAGGAUAUGGUAACUGUAGAAGACUUUGAUGUCUCUGACUGCUUCCAGUAUAGCAAUUCCAUGGAGUCUGUAAAGUCAACUGUGUCAGAGACUUAUAUGAGCAAACCAAGUAUUGCCAAGCGUCGUGCCAAUCAGCAAGAGACUGAGCAAUUCUACUUCACGAAAAUAAAAGAAUUCCUAGAGGGCCGAAAUCUGAUUACAAAACUGAAAGCCAAGCAUGACAUGCUACAGAAAACCCUGGGAGAGUGUCAGCGCACAGACUGCUCUCUAGCCAGUGGUCGUAGAAUGUCAACCCUCAGAAAACAGGAUGUUAAGCAACCCAUUCCGCUAGUAGUAGAAAGCUGCAUUCGGUUCCUAAGUCGACAUGGUCUCCGACAUGUGGGAAUAUUUCGAGUGUCUGGUUCUCAGGUGGAGGUGAAUGAUAUAAAGAAUGCAUUUGAGAGAGGGGAGGACCCCUUGGAAGAAGAUCAGAAUGACCAUGAUUUGGAUUCAGUGGCUGGUGUCCUUAAACUACACUUUAGAGGGCUCACAACUCCUCUUUUUCCAAAGGAAAUCUUCCAUGACCUUCUGAGCUGUGUCUCAAUGGACAACCUUCAAGAAAGAGCAUCCCACAUGCGCAGGGUAUUACUUUGUCUCCCCUCUUCUACAAUAGUUCUUAUGAGAUACCUCUUUUCCUUCCUCAAUCACCUGUCACAGUUUAGUGAUGAUAAUAUGAUGGAUCCCUACAAUCUGGCUAUCUGCUUUGGCCCAACUUUGAUGUGUGUCCCUGACAAUCAUGACCAGGUGUCCUGCCAGUCACAUGUCAAUGAAAUCAUCAAAACCAUCAUCAUUCAGCAUGAAAGCAUCUUUCCUGGUCCCCGCGAGCUGGAGGGACCAGUCUAUAUCCCAGGGAGCAUGAGUGAAGACUGUGAGAGUUCUCACAGUGAGCCAAUCUCAGCAGAUGACAGCGUGUUGGAUAUUACAGCUGAAAUGCAAAGUACAGAAGAGGGUUACCAUACCAACAGCACUGGAUAUAGCAGCAGGAGGAUACUAACUGGAAGUGAAGACCCUUCAAGCGAGAGGUCAAGCCCUCGAUCUGAACCUGAGCAGUGCUCUGAGCCACUUCAUGAGGAGAAAAUCACAGCAAGAGCCACUCUCAGUUGUGCCGCAGGGAGCCACGUGGCUGAUAUCUACCUUGCUAAUAUCAACAAGCAGAGGAAGAGGCCAGAAUCUGGAAAUAUUCGGAGAACCUUCCGGCAGAGUGACAGUGUCUCUAGUUCUGAUACAUCAGAGCCAGCCUCUCCUGGAGGAUCAGUACGACCUGCAUCUCAGCCUGUCAUGAGCCAGAAUUUCUCCAGGGAGGCUCCAGACCGCUGUUCCAUUAGUGGACAUGGCACAGUCAGCAGCAUUAGUCGUCACUCGUCUCUCAAGAACCGGGUGGAUAGCCCUCAAAUACGAAAAGCAAUGGUUGCAGGAAGGUCAAAGAGCUUCAACAAUCACCGCCCACUCGACCCAGAAGUCAUUGCUCAGGACAUUGAAGCUACCAUGAACUCUGCCCUUAAUGAGCUCCGGGAGCUUGAGCGCCAAAGCAAUGCCAAACAUGCCCCUGAUGUGGUACUGGACACCUUGGAGCCUCUAAAGACCUCUCCUGUGGCUGCCCCUAAUUCUGAGCCUUCCAGCCCCCUCCAUGCGCAGUCCCUGAGGGAUGUGGAACCUAGUUUCCAGCGAAGCUCCAGCUCAGCUAGCGAUAUCACCUGUUCUUUCCGUACUGCCAAAUCUGUACGGCUUCCCCCAUCUCGACCUCCAGCCACAAGGCCUAAACCUAGUGUGUUCCCCAAAUCUGGGCCCCAAGCUGCAAGUGGAGUCAAUUCUACAUCCAGUCAGCAGCCUCCUGACAAGUCUUGUCCGGUGUGAGGCUGGGUGUGGGGACGUCACUGUGAAAUCAAUGUUAAAUCUUCAGUGUGUAAAUAGAGACUGGAGGGUCAUAAGAAGCCUUAAAAUAAAGGCAGGGGAGAGAUUAAAAUGGAAAUAAAACUGAAGGAGGAGUCAGUCCCAUACAGGACCAAAAAGAAGAAAAAGCUUAGUGCAAGCUAUUUAAUUGGUCAGUCCAACUCAGGACAGAAGUGACCGCAUGGAUAGCAUGAUGUUUAAUGCGUUAGCGGUCAGUCCGACUUGUGUAGCAAUGUGAUCAAAGGACAGCCACACGUUUAAUCAGUUAAUGGGACAGUUCCAAAGCUAAACUACAUGAGCUACCAACUGGGUUCAAAAUAUUGUUCAGUGUAUGAAACUGUCCCUGUGUUAGUUACUAGUUAGGAUUCAACUGUAGCAACUGCACCAAAAUUUGACCAGGGUAAGUUUUUAGGAUCACAUGUUGUUUUUAAGCAU